AUGGCUGAAAGUAAUCCAUCAAAGACACUAGAGCUGUUCUCUAGUGAAAAGUUUCAAUCUCACAACACUGAGGAUGACUGUUGGGUGUCUGUUAAGGACAGACUGAUUUAUGACGUCUCCAAGUUCGUCCAGGAGAACAAAGAUGUCCCUGUCGAGGACGCAGUCUUGAAACGUGCUGGUAAAGAUAUCUCAGACUUGUUGGAGACAAAGUCUUUUAAGUUCGUCGAUGACAAAUACUUAGUGGGCUAUUUGGCUAACUCUACUGAAGAAGCCAGACUACUAACCAACAAAGAUCACAAAGUAGAAGUCAAUUUGAAAGACGGCACUUAUGACUCGACCGUCUUUGUCAAAGAACUGCCAUCCGAAGAACAUUUCACGAUCUCGACCGACUAUAAGAAAGACUUCGUCGACCAUCAUUUCCUGGAUUUAGAAAAACCUUUAUUGAUGCAAAUGCUCACUGGUAACUUCACGAGAGAGUUUUACAUCGAUCAAAUCCACAGACCAAGACAUUACGGCAAAGGUUCCGCUAAGUUGUUUGGUAACUGGUUAGAGCCAAUUUCAUUGACUCCAUGGUGGUUGAUUCCAAUCAUCUGGGGUCCUGUCGUUGUCUACCACUUUUACGUCGGUGCACAACACAUGCAUCCAUUAUCUGCUGUCUUUUUCUACUUCCUAGGUAUUUUCGUUUGGACUUUUAUCGAAUACUGUCUGCACAGAUUCUUAUUCCAUCUAGAUGAUUGGGUCCCACAACACAACUUCUUCUACACCAUCCAUUUCUUACUGCAUGGUGUUCACCAUUACUUGCCAAUGGACCAGUACAGAUUGGUUGUCCCACCUGCUCUAUUCGUUGUCCUAUGUACUCCAUUCUACAAAGCUGUGUUCGCUUUACUGCCAUUGUAUGUCGCUUAUGUCGGGUUUGCAGGUGGUUUAACUGGUUACAUCAUUUACGAUUUGACUCAUUACUUCAUUCAUCAUGUUAAAUUACCUCGUGUCUUCCGUAAGAUCAAGAAACAUCAUUUAGAACAUCAUUACAAGAACUACCAACUAGGUUUCGGUGUUUCCAACUACUUCUGGGAUUUAGUGUUUGGUACUUACUUGGGUCCAGACUCUCCAGCCUCUAUCAUGAGAACUAAAUAG